CCCGUCAGUGAGCGCAGCACCUGAGUCUCAGCCCCAGUCAUCAUGAACGUCGGCUCCUACAGAUCGUCCGGACUAUCCUCCCUGUCCAUGUCGUCCUUCCCGACCCGGAGAGGCACCAGCGUUCCCGGCGGGAGGAGCGUGAAGAUCUCCUACGCGUCCGGCAGCCUGGGCGCCGGCCUCGACUUGUCCGGAGCGCUGGGCGGCUACGGUGCCGGCAACAACAGCGUAUCCUCCAGCGAGAAGGCCACCAUGCAGAACCUCAACGACCGACUGGCCGCCUACCUGAACAAGGUGCGCUGCCUGGAGUCCGCCAACGCGCAGCUGGAGCGUCAGAUCCGAGAGUGGUACGAGAAGCAGACCCCGACUGUGCGAGACUACAGCAAGUACGAGGCCAUCAUCGCUGACCUGCGCCUCAAGAUCAACGCGGCCACUCAGGACAACGCCAGACUGAUGCUGCAGAUCGAUAACGCCAGACUGGCCGGGGAGGACUUCAGGAUCAAGUUUGAGAACGAGUGCGCCGUGCGCAUGUCGGUGGAGUCAGACAUCGGCGGUCUGCGGAAGGUGCUGGAUGAGCUGACCAUGGCCCGCUCCGACCUGGAGAUGCAGGUGGAGGGUCUGAAGGAGGAGCUGGUCUACCUGAAGAAGAACCAUGGCGAGGAAAUGGCUGCCAUGCAGAACCAGGUGAGCGCCAGUUCUGUCAACGUGGAGGUGGACGCCAAACCCCAUGAAGACCUGAACCAGACUCUGGACGACAUCCGAAGACAAUACGAGGCGAUCUCCGAGAAAAACCGCCGUGAGAUAGAGAACUGGUACAAGGCCAAGUUUGAUGAGCUGAACAAGCAGGUGGCUAGCAGCACCGAGACCCUCCAGACGUCCCGCAGUGAGAUCAACGAUCUGAAGAGGACACUGCAGAGUCUGCAGAUCGAGCUGCAGUCCCAGCUCAGCCUGAAAGCUGCUCUGGAGGGACAGCUGGGAGAGACGGAGUCCCGCUUUAGCCAGCAGCUGAACCAGCUGCAGAUGAUAGUCAACUCUCUAGAGAUCGAGCUGAGCCAGAUGAAAGCAGAUAUCGAGAGACAGAGCUUGGAGUAUCAGCAGCUCCUGGACAUCAAGACCCGACUGGAGCUGGAGAUUUCGGAGUACAGGCGACUGCUGGACGGGGAAGACGGCAGGAAAGCUAUUGUCUUUGAAGAAAAGAAGGUGGUACCAGCGCCCAGUAAGCCAGUCAUCACUCAUAGAAGAAAGGUCGUGACGGAGGAGAUAGUCAACGGGAAGGUGGUGUCACGGACAGAAGACAUUGACAGCGAGGUGAUCCAGAACUAAAGUUCCCGCCCACGUUCCCAGACAAGACCAAAGAGUGGUGUGACGUAAUGAGUGGGGUCAGAAACAAAGAUUCACUAGCUAAAGAGUCCACGCACAAUGGGUGCCAUGUACACGGGUUUGACUCUUGUCAUGACCUCGGUGACCCUUUUCCGAGCCAAGACUUUAACUUAACAAUAACAAUACCUGACACUUGGACAUUAUGUUCAAGACAGUAUGCAUUUUUUAAAUCUAGAUUAAUAAAAAAAUAAAAUGCUCAUGCCUGCCCCCAGACACUUCCUGCUGUCCCUACUUUUGUCAUUGAUUUAAGCACGACUUUUGAAAUAAGUGAAGUGGAAAAUUGUAUCUUUUUUUUUUUAAGCAAGAGGGUUUUUGAUAUGGUUCCGCGUUUUUGUGACUUGUGUUCUUUCGUAUGUUGUCGCAGGUGGCUGCUUAGUGGUGAGUUAUCAACCGGGAUAUUGUUAACAUUUGCAUCCUAUUGUUUCAUCUCCUCUGUUUUUAUGACAAAUAAAGAAUGACCAAACCGUGAGGUGGAAACGUA